AUGGUAAAAAAGGUUAUGGAAUUUAAUGGGUGGGGACACAUCUCAGGAGAGGGGGUAGCCCCAUCCGGGCCCCCUCGGGCCCACCCGCAAAACGGACAGCGUCGGCGGCGGGGGGGGCGCCAGGAGAAGGCCACCGAUCGGCAGCGGGGAACAGGGAGGGGGCGGCCAGGGGGCUCCAAUGCGGCGGCCAGGUCCGCUCGGCGAGAUGAUCGGAGGGAUGCGGGCUCCAACCCCGGUUUUGCACCGGAGGGCCGAGAGCCUCGGCAAAACACAUCUGUCCCUGCGGUGGCUAGCUCUUCAGCAUCCGCGGCUAGCCACCUCCAAUCCAGCCCCGUGGUGAGGGAGCGAGGGGGAGGGGAAGACGGCAGAGUGUCCGAGGCGCCACGAAAAGCUACGCGGAAGUCGGUGCACGGGUCCAGGGCGCGCAGCGAGAGUGAGUCCAGCUCUGGGCCCGCGGCUCCCAGGCCCGAGUCGCCUGGUGGGCUUUCAUCUGGUGAGGAGGGUCGGCAUGGAGAUCGAUCGGAAGGGGAGCUGUCGGAGGAGGAAGUCGUGCCCAGGACGGAGGUCGCAGCGCGGGAGCCUAGCCGGACGGCUGGUGGGAUUGCUUCCAGACAGCCCGGUGCGGGACAGGGACUGGUAUGGAUAAUGGGCCACUCCUUCGUGCGUAGGGGGGCUGCGAGAGCGGAUAUGCGGCCGAACGGUCGCCAACUGGGGGUCCCAAGACAGGAAGCGAUGGUGCGGUGGUUGGGAUUCCCGGGGAUGUUGUGGAGCAGGGUGGUGCCGGAAGUGCACAAGUUUGCACGCUUGGAUCGACCGCCGGACGUUUUGUUGAUCCAUGCGGGGGGCAACGACUUGGGGGUGCGUUCUAUGUUGGAUGUCGCAUCAAGUUUGAUUUCUUGA